AUGAGGGUGCAAAAGUGCGGCUUUAUGACGAGGACUUUGGUAGUCACCCCUAACGAUCAACUUGCCGAAGUCAUCACCGAAGAGUCCGGAACUUUUGACGUUGAGGCGACGACCAGCCAGUUGACCUGGCUGAACCCUGUGCUGACUAUUCUACAUCGCUGCAAUCUUACCAAAUACUAUUAUAUCUGCUACUUGAAAGUGGAAUUCCCGAUCCCGACCAAGCAUAUUGGCAGGGGAAGAGGUGCAAAAGCUGAGCCCUAUAACCUCGGCACCUUGGAGCUGAAAAACCGGGCCCGCGACCUAUCCUGCAUGAGCUUUUGGUUU